AUGGAGAUUGAAACAGAAGUCCCAUCACAUUUUCUAUGCCCAAUCUCCAUGCAACUCAUGAAAGAUCCAGUCACAAUAUCAACUGGUAUUACUUAUGAUAAAGAAAGCAUAGAAAGAUGGUUGUUUACAUGCAAAAAAAGCACUUGUCCGGUCACCAAACAAACAUUAUGUGACAUUGAUAUAUAUCUAACCCCUAACCACACCCUUCGCCGGUUGAUCCAGUCAUGGUGCACCAAGAACUCAAUUGAUCAUGGUCUUUAUCCGCUCCCAUCACCGAAAAAGCCGGUGGAUAGAUAUCAAAUAAUUAAGCUUCUUAAUGAUGCAAAAAGAUACCCACAAAAACAGAUCAAGUACUUGAAAAAAAUGAGAUCAAUCGUUCAAGCAAGCAAUGAAAGCAAAAUGUGCAUGGAUGCUGGUUCAGGUUUGGUUGAGUUUUUAACCAUGAUAAUAUUAAAAGAAAGUAAUGAUAAUGGCUUCGUGAGUGAAGCAAGUGAUGAAGCCCUAACUGUGCUCCAUCACAUUCAGUGCACGGACUUUCAAUUACGAAAGCUCGUGCAUCAGAAUGAAUCUGCAUUUUUUAAUGCGUUAUUGCAUGUGAUGAGAUCUGGAAGUGUCCAAUCUCGUUUAAAUGCAAUAACGCUUUUAAGAUCUCUUUUCAAAGUGAUGAACCCUACACAGAUUGCUAGUGCAUCACCACUACUGUUCAAUGAAACGGUUAGAAUCUUGAAAAAGGAUGUUUCUCAAAAAACUCUUAAACUUUCAUUAGAGCUUGUAGUUGAUAUCGUAAGAUGGGGUAGAAACCGAAUAAAGGCAGCCGAAUCAGGGAUGGUUUCGGUUCUUGUAGAGCUUCUCAUUGACAACACGGACCGACGUGGCUGCGAGCUAAUGUUGGUGACAUUAGAGCAGAUUUGCCGGUGUGCGGAGGGACGAGCCAAGUUAGUUGAACAUGGGGCAGGGGUAGCGAUAGUUUCAAAGAAGAUCUUGAGGGUUUCUCAUUUGGCAAGUGAUAGAGCAGUGAGAAUAUUGUGUUUGGUUUGUAGGUUCUCAGCAACUUAUAAAGUUGUUCAAGAAAUGAUUGAAGUGGGUGUGGUUUCUAAGCUAUGCUUGAUGAUUCAAGUUGAAUGUAAUGAGAGAACUAAAGAGAGAGUGAAGCAAAUUCUUACAUUGCAUUCUGGGGUUUGGAAAGAUGCUUCUUGUAUUCCUGCUCAUUUGCUUUCAUCUUAUCCUUCCUUAUGAUGAUAUACUAGUUAUUCAUUAAAGGUUUUUUUUCAUUGAUUUAAUUGUAAACCAUUUGUUAUACAGAGUACUUAUAUUGGACUAA